AUGAAGAUCUCCAGCAGCAGCAACAACAAGAAUAGCAGCAUUGACGAUAACGAUAAGCUUCGCGCGUGGGGAAAACAAGAGGCAUUUAAUUAUAUAAAAAGAGAACUUUGUAUUUUUUUUUUCUGGUGCACACUUUGGCAGCAAACGGUUACGUACAACUUUACAUAUCAGCAUCACAAGCACGUUACACAAAUAAGCAUCCACAGCAUGAUGACUCACGCAUUAGCAGGCGAACAGACACGUCUUGUUUCUGGGUCUACCUCGAGAUCUCGUCCAAACGGGAGACGUAUCUCCAAGAGGUCCAAAGUAGUCAUAGCCACGGUGAUCUCGAUUGGUUUGCUACUAGCGUUGGUCCACCUGGCCUUUCCCAGCACAUUUGCAUUGCGUUCUACACCAAACAAAAAGAAGAAUGUCAUCUUCUUCGUCACGGAUGGUAUGGGGCCCGCCUCUUUGUCCAUGGCUAGAUCGUUCAACCAACAUAUCCAUGAUUUGCCUAUAGAUGACAUCCUAAUGCUGGACCAGCAUUUUAUCGGUUCCUCCAGAACAAGAUCUUCGGACUCGCUAGUCACUGACUCUGCUGCGGGCGCCACCGCAUUUGCAUGUGCUUUAAAGUCUUACAAUGGAGCCAUCGGUGUAGAUCCACAUCAAACUCCAUGUGGCACGGUGCUAGAAGCAGCCAAAUUGGCAGGUUAUUUCACUGGGCUUGUGGUCACAACAAGAAUCACAGACGCUACUCCGGCGUCUUUUAGCUCCCACGCAGACUUCAGAUGGCAAGAAGAUCUCAUUGCUACGCACCAAUUGGGUGAAUACCCUCUCGGUAGAAUGGUAGAUUUGCUAAUGGGUGGUGGUAGAACUCACUUUUAUCCUCAAGGUAGUGAUGCUUCUCCUUACGGCCACCAAGGUUCCAGAAAAGACGGUAGAGACUUGAUUGACGAAGCUCAGUCUAAUGGCUGGCAAUACGUGGGCGACCGUAAAAGUUUUGACUCGUUGCUAAAUGCCCAUGGCGACAAUGUUACUCUGCCGCUGCUGGGUCUUUUUGCAGACAACGAUAUCCCAUUCGAAAUCGACAGAGACAAGAAGGAGUACCCUUCCCUCAAGGAGCAAGUAAGUGUGGCAUUGAAGGCAUUGGAAAAGGCUUCCGACGAGGACGAAGACUCUAACGGGUUUUUCCUAAUGGUAGAAGGCUCCAGAAUUGAUCACGCCGGCCACCAAAACGACCCCGCCUCCCAAGUGAGAGAAGUUCUUGCGUUCGAUGAGGCAUUCCAAUAUGUCUUAGAAUUCGCCAAAAAUUCCGACACUGAAACCGUUCUGGUAUCCACCUCGGAUCAUGAAACAGGUGGAUUAGUCACCUCGAGGCAAAUCACUGCUAGUUAUCCGGAAUAUGUUUGGUAUCCACAAGUACUGGCCAACGCCACCCAUUCAGGUGAGUUUUUGAAAAAGAAACUAGUGGACUUUGUUCACGACCUAGGCGCCACUGGCAAGCUAGAAAAUUUUAUCAAACAUGAAAUCUUAGAAAGAGAUUUGGGUAUCUUCGACUACACCGACGAUGAUGUGAAUACGUUGAUCCAUUUGGGUGAUAACGCAAAUGCCAUUCAAGAGAAGUUGAACGACAUGGUUUCUUUCAGAGCACAAAUCGGCUGGACCACACACGGCCACAGUGCAGUCGAUGUUAACAUAUAUGCAUACACUAAUAGGAAAACCACAUGGUCUCGUAUAUUGGAGAAACUGCAAGGUAAUCAUGAAAAUACUGAAAUCGGUCAAUUUUUGGCAGACUACUUGGAGCUAAAUUUGAACAAAGUCACUGAUUUGAUUCGCGACACCAAACACUCAUUGGAUUUCAGUGCUACAGAAAUAACUAAUGAAGUUCCUCACUACGAUGAAUACUAUCAUGAAUUGUCCACCUGA